AUGGCUGAACAGUACUUGAGACCAACCAAUCCUAAUUUUCCCACCGUCCACAAGAGGAUUCGGAAUGAUAAAAGAGCAUAUCCACACUUCAAGGAUUGCAUUGGUGCACUUGAUAGCACUUAUAUUCGUGUCUCUGUUUCACCAGAUGAACAAGUCAGGUACAUUGGAAAGACGGGCAUUCCAACUCAAAAUGUGCUUGCUGUUUGUGAUUUUGAUAUGCGUUUCACCUAUGUGGCUGCUGGUCAACCGGGGUCUUACCAUGACACAAGUGUAUUGUACCAUGCAUUUGAGGUAGAUGAAGAUCACUUCCCACAUCCUCCAGAAGGAAAGUACUAUGUUGUAGAUGCGGGCUAUCCUAACCGCCCGGGAUACUUGGCUCCAUACAAAGGUGAAAGAUAUAAUUUGCCCGAGUGGCAUAGAGGUAUGGAACCUAAUAGUCCAAAAGAGAAGUUCAAUCGGGUGCACUCGUCUGUUCGUAACAUUAUUGAGCGGACAUUUGGACUAUGGAAGAUGAAAUGGCAAAUAUUGUACAAAAUGCCUAAAUAUACCAUGCACACACAAAAAAAGAUUGUUGCUGCCACUAUGGUCCUCCACAAUUUCAUUCGUGAGCACUCAAGUGGUGAUGUGGAUUUUGCUAACUUUGAUCGAGAUCCUAACUUCGUGCCUACAAUCCCUGAUAGGUACAACAAGUAUGCAGUGUCACCACAUGCCUCUGAUGAUUCAACAACUGAAGCAAGCUUUCUUACCAUGGAUGGAUUUCGUGAUAGAAUAGCGACAUCUCUUUCUCUAGAUUGGAAUUAG